UGACGUCAUUUCCGUUAGGAGCCCGCUGAGAUGCCUACGCAGGCGAUUGACCACGUUUCGUAUAAACGGCGUUAGUUUUUGUCGUUAAAGUAACUACUAACCCGUUCCUGACUCAUUUGGCCGUUACCCAGGGGGAGCUCACCGGCGGGGAUUCGGCGAGUCUCCAUUAACUUCAGUCAGGACCGCUCGUGUUUGUCACGCGCCAAAAAAACGUCCACCGAGGAAGCGAAGGGACCAUUUUGUGAGUUUCAGUCCAGUUUGUUUUUGUUUCGGUCAGGAAAAUGAGCGGCGGAUUCAGCUUCGGUCAGCCCUCCUCGGGCUUCACCUUCGGAACUCAGAAGCCCGCAGCUUCGGCUCCGGCUCCGGCCACUGGUUUCGGGCUGACGGGCGCCGCGGCCGCGGCCCCUGGAGGGGGCUUCACCUUCGGCACCCCGGCUCAGCCCGCCGCCUCCGCCGCGGCCCCCGCCACCAACUCCUUCAGCUUCGGCAACGCGGCUAAGAGCACUGCGGGAGGAGGGGGCUUCUCCUUUGGAACACCCACCUCCAGCUUUGGCCUGGGCGCGACUCCCCAAACCACAGCGGCACCGGCAGGGCUGUCUCUCGGCUCUGCGGCGGCCCCGGCCGCGGGGUCAGGGUUCACGCUGGGCGGCGGGUUGACCGCACAGCCCGUCGCCCCCGCUGCUGCUGCUACUGCUGCUGCCCCUUCGGGAGGGGGCUUCAGCUUUGGGACGGCCCCUCAGACUCAGCCCCAACCUGCGGCGACGGCCGCGCCAGCAGCCACCACGGCCCCGGGGGGCCUGUCGUUUGGAGGGUUCAGCUUUGGAGCCAAUAAAGUGCAGGUGUCCACAGCUGCUGCACCCGCCCCCGCCGCAGGAGGAGGCGGAGGUGGAGGUGGAGGCUUCUCCUUCGGCACCAGUACUCCUUCAAGCCUCGCUCAACCAGCUUCCACCACGGCAACCCCAGCGACGGCAGCAGCAGCCCCAGCCGCAGCUGGAGGGUUUGCCUUUGGCAUCAAGCCCGCAUCCACCCCAGCUCCUCCUGCAGCAGCAGCCCCAGCUGCAGGCCCCACUCUUUUCUCAACACCCAUCACUUCAGCUGCUGCACCUGCAGCCGCCCUGACCACUGGCUUCACUCUGGGUGCUGCUCCAGCUUCAGCAGCAAGCACUGCAGCUACAGUCGCCACGGCAGCCACAACUGGAGGGUUGGCUUUCAUGCUUAAACCCCUCGGGGCAGCUACAGCCGCCACCACCACCACCCCCUCCGGCCUGAUCUCUGCAGUCACAACAGCAACAGCUGCUGCACCUGCUGCUGCUGCUGCCGCUACUCCUGCUGCUACAGGCUUCGCUCUGGGACUCAAACCUCUGACCAGCACAGGCACCACAGCGGCUGCUACGGCCACAACAAUCACCACCACCACUGCAGCCCCUCCCGUGAUGACCUACGCCCAGCUGGAGGGUCUCAUGAACAAGUGGAGUCUCGAGCUGGAGGACCAAGAGCGACAUUUCUUGCAGCAAGCGACUCAGGUGAACGCCUGGGACAGGAUGCUGGUGGAGAAUGGAGAGAAGAUCACUUCCCUGCACAAAGAGAUGGAGAAGGUAAAGCUGGACCAGAGGAGGCUCAACCAGGAGCUGGACUUCAUCCUGUCCCAGCAGAAGGAGCUGGAGGACCUGCUCUGCCCGCUGGAGGAGUCUGUCAAAGAGCAGAGUGGAACCAUCUACAUGCAGAACGCCGAUGAGGAACGCGAGAGGACGUACAAACUCGCCGAGAACGUGGACGCACAGCUGAAGAGGAUGUCCCAGGACCUGAAGGAGAUCAUCGAGCACCUGAACACAUCCAGUGGGCCAGCAGACACCAGUGACCCACUUCAGCAGAUCUGUAAAAUCCUCAACGCUCACAUGGACUCGCUCCAAUGGAUCGAUCAGAACUCGGUUCUCCUGCAGAGGAGAGUGGAGGAGGUGUCCAAGCUGUGCGACAACCAGAGGAAGGAGCAGGAGAAGACCUUUCGUCUGACGUUUGAUUGAACUGCUGUUAACAGUGCUUGCUAACGUGGACAUUUUUGUAAUUAGUUUGCAGAAAUGAAAUCCUUCGGAUUUGUACUCAACAGACAAAUUGCUCCUUUGUUUUUUUUUCUUCUUACGUUUGUUUCAAAUAGUAUAAUUAAAUGAAUCUUUGCAAUAAGUGUCGUUGGUGAAUGAAUAGUAGAAGGAGGCAGCCACAUGUAGACCUCAGUACACACACUCAGUCUUACU